AUGUCUACAGCUUCUAAAAAACGCAAGUUCGGCGAUGUGGCUGCUCCAACGAAGUACUACGCGGUUCGGGCGGGGCAUAGGCCCGGCGUGUACUUGAACUGGGCGGAUUGCCAGGAGAACAUUACUGGUUUCAAGGGAGCUUCAUUCAAAUCAUUCUUUUCAGAACAAGAGGCCAGAGACUUCGCCGCGGGCAGAGCUACCUCUGGCGCCUCAUCAGCUUCGAAACCCCAGGGAGACAAGUUCUAUGGCGUGGCAGUUGGUCGCGUGCCAGGGGUCUAUGAGGAUUGGAACGAUGCCGCGGAACAGAUAAAGGAUGUCAAGGGCCCGAAGUAUAAGAAGUUCGCCACGAGGGCUGAGGCGGAAGAGUUUGUUAGAACUGGUGGGAAGACCUCUAUCAAGGUCACUGUGCGUGAACCAACUCCGAAGAAGGUCAAAAGAAGUGUAGAUUCUUCUUCUAAGGAGAAAACCGUGACGGUCUAUACAGAUGGGAGCAGUCGGGGAAAUGGAAAGGUUGGGGCAAUAGCUGGUGUUGGUGUGUACUUUGGCGAUAACGAUCCAAGAAACGUCUCGGAGCCAUUAAAGGGCGAGAUCCAAACAAACCAACGGGCAGAAUUGACUGCCAUCCAGCGCGCUCUUGAAAUUGUCCCUAGAUCAGCCAAUAUACAUAUCAUCACUGACAGCAACUACGCCAUUAACUGCUCUACAGUCUGGUAUGUUAGCUGGAAGAGAAAUAACUGGACCACCUCCCAAAACGGACCGGUGCUGAACAAGGACUUGAUUAUGGCGAUCAGAGCGUUGAUCGAUGAGAGGGACGCGAAGGGUGCAAAGACAGAAAUGGAGUGGAUCAAGGGGCACAGUGCUGACCAUGGGAACGAGGCCGCGGACAGACUUGCUGUUGCUGGGGCUUUCGCUAACCGCUCUUGA